AUGGCGGAGAGCCCGGCGGCCGAGGACGCGGCCCCGGCCCCGGGCGGCGGCAGCGCCUCCCCCAGCGCCGCCGGCUCCGCGGGCACCCCCGGCGUCUUCAUCCCCGCCGAGCUCUGGGCGGCGGCGGGUUUCGGCGCGGCCGCGGCGCCCGGCGGCGGAGCGGCUCCCGGUAGCGGCGGAGCCCCCGAUGGCGGGGCGGCGGCGGCGGGGGCCGCGCUCCUCACGCACUCCGCCUUCUGGGACCCCACGGUCAGCGGCGACUGGGACAGCGAGCGGCCCAGCCCGGCCUGCCUGCUGCGGAUCAAACGGGAUAUCAUGUCCAUUUACAAGGAGCCGCCACCGGGAAUGUUCGUUGUGCCUGAUCCCCACGACAUGACCAAGAUCCACGCGCUGAUCACGGGCCCCUUCGACACCCCCUACGAGGGCGGCUUCUUCCUGUUCCUGUUCCGCUGCCCCCCGGAUUAUCCCAUCCACCCGCCCCGCGUCAAGCUCAUCACCACGGGCAACAACAGCGUGCGCUUCAACCCCAACUUCUACCGCAACGGCAAAGUCUGCCUCAGCAUCCUGGGCACGUGGACAGGCCCAGCCUGGAGCCCGGCCCAGAGCAUCUCCUCGGUGCUGAUCUCCAUCCAGUCCCUGAUGACAGAGAACCCGUACCACAACGAGCCCGGCUUCGAGCAGGAGCGGCACCCCGGGGACAGCAAGAACUACAACGAGUGCAUCCGGCACGAGACGAUCCGUGUGGCCGUGUGCGACAUGCUGGAGGGGAAAUGUCCCUGCCCCGAGCCCCUGCGGGGCGUGAUGGAGAAAUCCUUCAUGGAGUACCUGGACUUCUACGAGGGCGUGUGCAAGGAGAGGCUGCACCUGCAGGGACAGACCAUGCAGGAUCCCUUCGGGGAGAAGCGCGGCCACUUCGAUUACCAGGCGCUGCUGGGGCGGCUGCAGGGGAUCCGGGCGCGGCUGCAGGAGCGGCACCAGCAGCAGGACAGCGCCGAGAUGGACUCGGAGAGCAGCUCCUCGGAGCCCGAGCCGGACACGCAGGGCUGCCCCCGGCCUUAGGCACGGCCGGCCCGGGGCCCGGGGCAGGGCCAGCGCCCGGGGCUGAACCGGGGCUGAACCGGGCCAGAGCUCAGAGCCUGAGACUGAACCAGGCCAGAGCUCAGAGCUCCAGGACUGAACCGGGCCAGAGCCCAGAGCUCCAGGACUGAACCGGGCCAGAGCCCAGAGCCUGAGACUGAACCGGGCCAGAGCCCAGAGCUCCAGGACUGAACCGGGCCAGAGCUCAGAGCCUGAGACUGAACCGGGCCAGAGCUCAGAGCCUGAGACUGAACCGGGCCAGAGCCCAGAGCUCCAGGACUGAACCGGGCCAGAGCUCAGAGCUCCAGGACUGAACCGGGCCAGAGCUCCAGGACUGAACCGGGCCAGAGCUCCAGGACUGCAGCUGGGCCGGCCCAGCACGGACGGGGACUGCAGGAGGGUCAGCCCAGCACGGACAGGGAUUGCAGCACGGCCAGCCCAGGGCUCAGAACUGCGGCUGGGUCAGCCCAGCACAGCCAGGAACUGCAGCAGGACCAGCCCCAGGGCUCCAGAGUGCAGCAGGAUCAGCCCAGGGCUCCAGGACUGCAGCAGGGUCAGCCCAGGGCUCCAGGGUCAGCCCAGCACAUCCAGCCCAGGGCUCCAGGAUUGCUCCAGGAUUGCUCCAGGACCAGCCCAGGGCUCCAGGAUUGCUCCAGGACCAGCCCAGGGCUCCAGGACUGCAGCAGGGUCAGCCCAGGGCUCCAGGGUCAGCCCAGCUCAUCCAGCCCAGGCCCCGGCGCCGCAGCAUUUUCAGCAUUUUCCCCUCCCGGCUCCUUCUUUUUUUUUUUUUUUUUCCUUUUUUUUUGUGUUGUUGUUUUUCCUUCCCCUCCCUCCCUGCACCGAUGGAUUUCCCCGCCCGGAUCCGCCAGGAGAAUUUCACUGGGAAUUCCCCUCAGAGAGAGAAAAAAAAAACAAAACCAAAACGCGAGAGGCAAAGGAGAGCUGGGGACGGCUCUUGGACAAAGGAACUUCCUGGAAUGUGGCAUCAGGUUGGUUUUUUGGGGUUAUUUCGGACAACACCUGCACUGGUCGGGAUUUUUUGGGAUGGUUUUUUUUGUUGUUUUGGGGGUUUUUUUGUUUGUUUUUCUUUGGUUUUUCCAGGUUUUUUUUUUUCCCCCCUCCGUUUGAUUAAAGAUGAGCUCCAGACUGCAAAACCCUCCCGAGGUUUUUGUGCUCCUGAGCCAGGGGGAGCCUCUCCCCGGAAUUCCGGCGGUGCCUGGACAACCCUGGAUAAUCCCAGGGUGGGAUUUGGGGGCAGCUGGCGCCUCCCCGGAGUCGCUUCUCCGAGGCAGACCAAAGAUAAAGAAAGGAAUUCUCACCGCUGGAAUUGGGGAUCCUUCCCAAAAAAAGCUUUACUCGAGCCCUGGGGAAUUCCUGUGGGAAUUGGGAAGUGCAGGAAUCCAUGGAUUCGUUCACCCUGGAGGUUUGGGGAGAGGGAGGAGGAGGAGCAGCUGAAGAUCAGUUUCUGAAAUUUCCUCCAGCGUCGCUUUCGGGAAUUUCGUGGGUUUUUUUCGGGAAUUUCGUGGUUUUUUUGGGGAGGGUUUUUUCUCUUUUUUUGGAGCCGGUUUUGUUUCCUCACCUGGAAUUCUCUGAUUCCCACCCUGGGUCCCCUCCUGUCCCCUCCCUGCCGCCCCAGGGCAGGAGGGACAAUCCCACAGCGCCGGCCGGAUUCCUGGGACAAAUUCCCGGUAAAAAUUCCGCGUUUUUGGGAGCUCCGGGUCGGUUUGUGCUGAGCAGUGACCCGGGGAGCUGGAGCCGGGAAUUCCGCCUUUUCCAGGGAGGAUCCUCUGGAGCAGGGGUUGGGCCCUCGGGUUUUUUUGGCCCCAAUCCCGAUGAUUUUUCUUGGAGCACCGAGCUGCACGUUCUGCCCUCGCCCAGCUCGGAUCGCUGCCGGCACUGGGAGAACUUCCCGGGAUCCUCAGAUCCCAGAACUUCCCGGGAUCCUCAGAUCCUAGAACUUCCCGGGAUCCUCAGAUCCCAGAACUUCCCGGGAUCCUCAGAUCCCAGAACUUCCCGGGAUCCUCAGAUCCCAGAA